AUGUGGAGGAUGCAUCAGGAGCCGCGAACGCUGUCCCCACAUGCAGAGGGUCCGAUUACAUGUCUAGACCCUGAAGAAGUGAAUCUGCGAGCGGUGGUGCCAAGGGAAAAACGACGUGGAUUGCUGCUCCACGUGCAAACUGGUGACCCCUUUGUUGUUAGGUUCGAACAUUCUAAGCAGCAGAUGCUGGAGACAAGUGCUCCGGCGGGUUCGCCAAUAGCAUCCCCGGCCUCAAAGAGCAGUGCAAUGGAGGAGGACAUCGAUGACAUAAAGAAGGAUCCAUUAAAUCAGGACGAUGAAGAAGAUAAUGAGGUUGAUGAUGUUGACAAUGACGAUGUUGCAAGUAGAAUGAGGCUGUCGUCAAGGGGAGUGAUUGAUGAUGAUGAAGAAGACGAGGAGGAUGAAGCGGAGAAAAACGGGAAUUACGAUCAAGAUGAAGACGUCGAGGUGGACGUGUGCCGCGAUCCCGAAAGCAAUCCCAGCAGUCCAGUUGAUUUGACGGCUUCCUCUAGAACAAUGAGUGUCAAUGAACAAUUUAUUCCUUUUGGGAACCGAGCUAUUGGAUUGUUAUCGUGCUUACCGUCUAGUGGUGGUGCUGGUGGUACUGGUGGUGCUGGUGGUUGUGGUAUUGGUAGUGGUAAUGGUGGCAAUAAUAGUGCUGUUAUUAGUGUUGGUGGAAAUACCAAUGGUAUUGUUGUUGUUAACCACACAACAACUGCUAUGGCGCCUUAUCUAACAACUGGACAUGCUACUGGAUCUAUGGUUACGGGUAUUUGCACUGCUGGAAGUCAAUUACGAACAAAUUUCUCUAGUUCGCUUUCGGGGAGUAACAGUGUUGCUAGUGGCAACAAUUGUUUAACGAGUACUAAUGCUGCUGUGCAAAACAACAAGCGUGGACUUGCGUUCUCCGUAGAAAAUAUCCUCGACCCUCAUAAAUUUACCGGCGGAAGGGUAAUUCAUGAUAGAGGACACCGUAGACGACGGAGAAAUGGGAGCUUGCAUGAAGAUGGUGACUCAAGGGGAGAAUUGUGCAGCAGCGGCCAAGAAGACGAGAGCAUGCUCGACCAAGUGGAAGACAUGGAGGAAGAAGUCGACGAAGAUGAUGAAGACGAUGAAGACGUUGAUAUGCAGGGAGUCGAUGACCGCGGAACACCAACCGUGACUCGAGACACGGCGUCAACGGGGUCAAACGGCAGCAAGAAGAGACAAUCUUCUUCAUCAUCGUCAUCUUCAGGUGGUCAGAAUCCGUCUUGUCAAGGUGGAUCGUCACAAAACGGCGGGUCGUCGGGUGGAUCUGCUGGUGGAAAACCCCGUCGGGCACGGACUGCGUUCACGUACGAGCAGUUAGUGGCGUUGGAGAACAAGUUCAAGACAACAAGGUACCUCUCUGUCUGUGAGCGGCUUAAUUUGGCCUUAUCACUAUCGCUGACAGAGACCCAGGUGAAGAUAUGGUUCCAGAACCGGCGUACCAAGUGGAAAAAGCAGAAUCCUGGUCUAGAUGUCAACAGCCCAACUGUGCCAACUACUCCGCCUCACCCUUCCCCCUACGCUCCAGCAUUCCUGUUCGCUGCCCAUCCACAUGCCCAUCCUCACGCUCAUACGCAUCCUCAUCAGCAUCCGCACUCUCACGUGCAUCAUGCUCCUCCUCCACCACCGCCUCCAGGUUACUAUCACCACCCAGCUCCACCUUACGGAUCUUCGCCGACAUUUUUUGGACAUCACUUGACUGGGUCACCCGCGGUUACAGCACCAACGUCGAUAAGCGCAUCAUCAGCAGCAACUACCUCCAGCGUAGGUCUGUCAUUGUCGUCACACCAUCUACACACACACGCGCACUCACACGCGUAG